UCAUGUACUGUUGCAUGCGUCUCUGAAAGUUGACAGAUACUAGGGCUUUACUCCAUGAUCUGCUCGUUAUGUUAAGCAUAACGAUGAAUUGAUCUAUGAUCCUUGACUGAAAAUUUUGGUAAAAACCAAUAGGAUAUGUUUUGCCUUUAAUUGGGCGGUCCUUUCAGUAGAACCGGAUCUUGCAUCCAUCCAUGCUCUCGAGACAACGCAUGCAGGAAGUGCCCGUGAAGCGCACCAGUUUCAAAAAACUAAUUCGGCGUCUGUAUCAGUCAUUUCAUUUAUGUGACACUAACGAACAGCAGUGGCGUAAACCAAGGUGUGUUGGGCUGGUCACCUCUUGGCAAGAUGUCCAUCGUAACAGUACAGCUCGGACAGUGCGGUAACCAAGUGGGCCAGGAGCUGUUUGAUGUGAUCUGUAAGGACGCCCGCGACGGACAGAAGAGGGGUUACAGCGACGCCAGCACUGCGCGCUUCUUCCACGAGACGACCACCGGCGACUUAACCUCAAGGGCUGUGCUCAUUGACAUGGAGCCUAAAGUGAUCAACCACAGUAUGAGCAAGGCAGCCAAGUCGGGCAGGUGGAGAUAUGGGGAAAAAUCCCAUUUUAGCCAGAAACAGGGUUCUGGCAACAACUGGGCAAACGGUUACUGUGUCCACGGUCCACGGCACAGAGAGGCUAUGGAAGACCUGGUGAGGCGGGAGGUGGAGCGCUGUGAUAGGUUGGCCGGAGUUGUGACUAUGAUGAGCGUGGCGGGAGGCACGGGGUCCGGGGUCGGCACAUAUGUCACGCAGUGUCUCCGAGAAGUCUACCCCAACUCCUUCAUCCUCAACCAUCUCACCUGGCCUUAUGACAGCGGGGAGGUCAUCGUGCAAAACUACAACUCGGUGCUGACGCUGUCUCACCUCUACGGGCUGUCGGACGCCAUCCUGGUGCACGAGAACGACACCGUGCACCGCAUCUGCGCUCAGCUGCUCAACAUCAAGCACAUAUCCUUCGGGGACGUCAACAGGGUCAUCGCCCACCAGCUGGCCAGUGUGCUACAGCCCGCCCUGACCACUGACUCGUACGGCGACUACAGCAGAAACCCCCUGGGUGAGCUGGUGAGCAGUCUGGCUUGCCACCCGGAGUACAAGCUCCUGAGUGUGUGCGGCAUCCCGCAGGUGGCCAGCUCCUCCAUGGCCUACAGUGUGUUCAGCUGGCCAGGCCUCCUCAAGCACCUCCGGCAGAUGCUCAUCUCUAACACCAAGAUGGAGGAAGGCAUAGACUGGCAGGUGCGGGCCCCUCCGGUCCACUGUGGUGGUGCUGAGUGGGCUCACAGCUUUAGAACGACUGGUUUCAACAGGUCUCUGGCCAAUCUGCUCAUAUUGAGGGGGAAAGAUGUCUUCAGUGCAGAAGCUGAUGGAUUUCAGGAUGCAGCGCUCUACACCUCAUGGCUUCCACCCAGAGAGGCUUUCAGUAUGUGGAAAUCCCCCGUUUCCUUCAAUCAGUACGAGAAGUCUGCUACGCUAGUCAGCAACAGCCAAACUCUGCUGAAACCUCUUGAUAACAUGGUGCGAAAGGCCUGGAACAUGUUUGCUUCAAGAGCAUACAUCCAUCAAUACACCAAGUUUGGGAUUGCAGAGGAAGACUUUCUAGACAGCUUUACAUCUCUAGAGCAAGUAAUAUCUAGUUACACGCAACUGUGCUAGCCUUGGACUCUCAAAGCCAGUUACCGGGCUGUCUCUGGUAAUAGUUGUCUCCUUUGACAGUUGCGUGCAUCCAAAACUAAGAACUGUGAACUUGGUAACAGAUUGUAUUUAGGAAUGACAUUUUUCAUGAAUUGUUUUUAUUUAAUUCUGAUGGAUUGACAAGUAAACAUUUAAUGUUACUCAAGAGUGCUGUAUUUUAACAGCCCUUUCAAAAUGCUGGUUGUUAUCAACAUCCAAUAAAUCAAACAUAACUUUUCUGUA